AUGCUGCUUCUUCGCUGGCCAAGCGUUGUCCCUUUGCUAUGUGCAGCCCUUUGUGCACUUGCAGUUCCAUCUCCCGAGCAACCGCUCUCUCUCGCAACCCGAGACGGUGGCGCACACCAUCAUGCCCACGGUGCUCCCCUUCUUGUCCUAAAUGAGACAGAGGUCACCCUCUACCACUCCCCAACGCCUCCGUCAUAUUAUACCCUCGACUUUGAGGAUGAAGGCUACCAACAACGCCAUAAAGGUCUUAUGAUCUUUCACGGCUUGUUCAUGUCCCUCGCCUUUUUUGUUUCGCUCCCAGUUGGCGCCGUACAUGGAUCACAAGGAUAUCUGCUUAUCCUCGUAGCCAUCUCACUAUCCACUCUCGAUAUCAUCGCUGCAAUUCGGCGUUUUGUGACGUUCCUCAGAUCGCCAAACAAAUCUUUUAAUACUUUCUGGCGACAUGUAAUCAAGAAGGAGGCAAUUAAUUCAGCAAACUCCAGUCCGGAGUACGUUGGCUUGAUCUCGGAAGAGCCGGACGAAUUCACAACGCCAAAGCCAUUCCGCCAAUCCGUUGACAUGCACGAUGUUGAAUUGAACGAUAUGGACCGCAAUCAUACUGAGCAGUGGGCAAAAGCAAUUCAUCGCCAUCAAAAAACCUUUUCGAUGGCUUCAGAAAGGACGGUCUUUGGUUCUCACUCUCCAAGUAACUCUCAGGACACCCUCCACGACGCCAAAUCUCGAACCAAGUCAUUAUCACAUUUUGAACGCCUCCAGUCCGUCGGACGCAUUGUUUUUGCAAUUGUGGAAAGGGCGCUUGUUGUUGGCGGCUUUGCGCAGCUCCUAAUGGGAAUUGUUACCUACUCGGGAGGAUGCAGAGAAAAUUACCUGAAUGGAUGUUUAGCCCAUUUGAUCAAAGGAGGCAUUUUCUGGUGUUAUGGAUUGCUUACCUUUGCUCGUUUUCUCGGAUCGUUUGCGGAUCGAGGAUGGGCGUGGAACAGGUCACUAUCUGGGGAUUCAUGUACAGCCGAAUUCGUAGAAUCGUUCGUGAUUUUCCUUUACGGUGCCACCAACACGUGGAUGGAGAGGUUUGGCGCACAACCCGGCGAUCCUUUCACUACCAAGCAGAUCCAGCACAUUAGCAUUGCAGUUAUGUUCUGUUUUGCUGGUCUCGUUGGAAUGGGGAUUGAAUCGAAACGGAUUCGCAAAUGGCUUGCUUCCUCCGCAUUUUCUUUGUCAUCCCUUUCAGAUGCCCCGCAAGAGGCUGUGGUGGAACCUUUGAGCUAUAUCGGGAGCUACAACCCCUUCCCUGCCCUGGUUAUAGGAGUGACAGGAGCGGCGAUGGCCGCACAUGCUCAAACAUAUCUCUUUCAGGUUCAGAUCCACUCUUUAUGGGGAAACUUGCUUGUCGCUUUCUCUGUCCUGAGAUGUUUGACUUAUUUCUUCCUGUGGCUUGGACCUCCAAAGUCAGUUCUGCCUUCACGUCCACCGACCGAAGCUCUGGGAAGUUUCUUCCUUGCCUGCGGUGGUCUCGUCUUUAUGUUUUCUACGGAAGAAGUCACAAUCGCCGCAAUGAGAAGGGGUCGUGAUGACGUCAUGAUGUUUCUAAAUGUGGCCGUUGCUCUUACUUGCCUUGCUUUCUGCUGGACCCUUUUCGUUGUGGGUUUCAAAGGAUGGAUCAAAUCACGGACGCAGCCUUCUGUGACCUACCGACAUGCGGCAUAA